AGUGACCAGUGAACAUCGCUACACAGUGGUGGUAACAUUCCACGUGCGCGGGCUAACCUAUGCUGCAUAAGACCACACGACUUUGAGUCGGAACAGAAUGACUUUUGACUCAAAGCCUGCAAUGCACCGAUUGCAAAGAUUUGGUUGCACACACAAGUUGUACACAAUGGAUUCUCAGGGUGUUCUGCCUUAAGAUCGUGCACUCACACCACUAUAGGACCCAACACACUUUGCAUGUGAAUGCGGUGCACGUGCAUCUGCAUCUGCCGUGUACUCUGUGUUGUGCAUUUGUGUUAAGUGUUAGCUACAAAUCAUUUCACUACAAAUGUCCACUGAGCCUAGUGAUGACUCAGAGCGAUGUAUGUGUAUUUUAUAUUUUCGCAGUAUACCGUUCCAUGUAGUUCACAUUUUCCCUAGCACGGACCAAAGUCAACGCCAAGAAACAUCAAUUAAGCUCAAACACGCUGAACAGUGCAAAACGGUUUUUGUGCGAAUCAAAAAUUACUCUUGCAAGCUCCGUGAGCGAGGGGACUAACGCGAUGCAUCAUUGGUAGAGCCAACGGAAUUUUGAUUAGAUACGAAGAUGAACACAAGUAGUGUCUUUACACAAAACGCGUAUUAGGAACUAGCAAUGGGUUGUCUGGAAAUCCAAACCAAAUGGGAAAAUGUAUAUCUUUAAGCUUAUAGCUCGAGGGGUGAGAGCGACUAGGCAGUUUUUGUACGGCCCAGAAAUUCCCGAAUAUGUGCCAUGAUCCAAAGUAUCAAAACGUUUAUCGACGUGUCGUUAGGCAAACAAACGGAAAAUAAUCGGGCGCUGUAAAUGUGAAGCAGAAAAAUAAAGUGAAUUUUCAAAGUGCCAUAAGAUAAUAUACAUAAAUAUACGCAUCACAUUUAUAUAUAUUUGUCCUAUAAAUAUCUAUAACUUGCCCACGGCCGAUAAUACAAUCCUUGAUGCACCUAGUCAAAUGAGUACAACUAAAAUAUAUAUAAUAUCAACCGGGUUCCGUAAGAAAAGAUAUCAUAUCUUGAGAAAUGGAUUAGUAAUUUUUGUAAAAAGCUUGGCAUCGAUUGUGUGAAAAGGAGUUUGCCGAAAUGCCGAUAUGAAGCCUCCUGGAGAAGAUCAAACGAAUGAGAAGGAGCAUUCCGACUUAGGGAUGAUAAAACAACUUCAAUUAAUACGUAAUCGAAUACUCAGUCAGGCUCAUUACGAUAGCAUGACCGACAUUGAUGCGAGUGCUCAACAGCAACAACAACUUCAGAACGUGCAGAGACUGCAGCACGAAAGCUGCCUUCAGGAAUUGCACAAUCAUCUGAGCAGCCAGUACGGGGCAGUUCGCUUUACUGCAGCAAACCCCCAACAUCAAAAUCAACAGGCAGUUUCCGUAUCUUCCGGAAACUUGAUGCCGUUCCUUCCGGCCUUCCUACAGCCGCCAAUGCCCAAUGCUCAACAGCUCCUGCAGCUCAUUCCCGGUCAUGAGAAUGCCCAAUCUGUCCCAACUCAUCACCACAGUCACCCGCAAAGUGAAGCAUUCAGCACACACAAAAUGGCACUAGCUCCUAUGUGGUCCACUGCGGCUGUGGCAGCUGCGCACAUUCAAGCAGCUCUGGCGGCUGCGGCAGUAGCAGCUGCCAACAAUAACAAAAAUAGCAGCCAUUUUUCGAACAACACUAAUAUAGUCGGUUUAGCCACCAGAGGUAAUGAGCUACUGAACACAGAUUCUGAUCCCCAAAUGGAAAUCGGAGAAACGAGAAGGGGCGGCAAUGGGGGGUCCUGCAGAUCAAGGCCAGAGUCCCCAACGUACGAGAAUCCACCUUACGAAAUCCUCUCAUACAGCCAUAACACACCUCCAGAAUCUCCACAUGGUCGAACAGCUGAUUGUUCAAAAAACUUUUCACCAUCCCCGACAGACAAUCUCAGCAUUGCGAGCGUGUCUGAAGCCCAAGACUCGGAAAUGGAUGCUCCACUUAAUCUCAGCAAGCCAAAGGGAUCACCAAGUUCAUCACCGAACAGCUCUUCCCAAAGGGAUCACUGCGAAAACCUUACUCCUGUUGUGUCCAGUCCUCCCCUCAGUUGGCACCAGGGGCAACCACAUUAUGCGGAGAUAGAGUUGCCCCUUCUAAAAAGUCAUGGGAGAGUGUGGAACUCAGCUGUUGCAUGUUCUGGAGGAUCACGGGCAACGCGAGUGAGUCGUGACUCAGUAAAUAGUUGUGGUACGAAUUCAGAGCGAUCGGCUGCGUUGGACCCAGAAAGUUUGAAUUCAGGUCAACUAGGCCCUGUACCUGCAUCGCCAUCAUCGCAGCCACUGAGACAAGGAAAUGGUCAUGGACACGGAGGCAACCACGGCCACGUGCACAGCAAGCCACACAUAAAGAGGCCAAUGAAUGCGUUCAUGGUGUGGGCAAAAGAUGAGCGUAGAAAGAUACUCAAGGCUUGUCCAGACAUGCAUAAUUCGAAUAUAUCAAAAAUUCUUGGUGCUCGUUGGAAAGCUAUGUCCAAUGCCGACAAACAGCCGUAUUACGAAGAACAGUCAAGGCUCUCGAAACUUCACAUGGAGCAGCAUCCGGACUAUCGCUAUAGACCUCGACCCAAGCGCACCUGUAUUGUGGAUGGUAAAAAGAUGCGUAUUUCCGAAUAUAAGGUCCUGAUGCGAAACCGGAGGGCUGAGAUGAGACAGCUAUGGUGUCGCACAGGCGGGGUCAGUGGUGGCUCAGGAAGUCUCUGCGCAGAUGCCUGUCCAAAGGGAUCCGGCGGUUCUAAUUCUCAGGUCGCGGUUGCAGCCGCUGCAGCUGUGUAUCACUUGCAGGAUAUGGCAUCUUCAGCAGCUUCCACCGCUCAUGGGCAUGACUGUGGACAUACACCCCCUCAGCAGUUCUUCUAUCCCCCAGAAAGCUUAUCGCCUUCUGGUUUUUCUUCCGAUGAAGUGGAACUUGCAUCUCAGCGCGAGCUAGACGACUAGGAUGGUGAUUACCGAAAGCCAAAUCCGGAAUAAUGACAAUUCUGGCAAACGGUGCCAGUUAUCAGAAGAUAAAUGAAAAAUACAAUUAAAAUCUGUUUGUAAAUACAAAAAAAUAGGAUAGUCAUUAUUUGAAGUAAGUUUCAGUUCAAGUGCCAUUAACGUACAUAUAUACACAUGCAUACAUAUAUAAGUUAUUUGUGAAUCCAUAGUUUACAGGGCAUUCGGUCUUGGGAACCUUGCAAUUUUUGUGCCAUUUACGCACCAAUGCCAUAAUAACAUACCCCAGAUUAGCCGUAAACAAAUAGGUAGUUAGUAUCGAUUAAUAAAAAUACAAAAUAUACAAUUAUGUACAUGUCAAAUUUGUAUGCGUCCAAAUACUCAAAUCUAGUUUAAUAGCAUCCACUUAAAUAAAUACAUAUAUUUAAUUAGUUGUAAAUUUUCAUAACUACUUUAAAGUUUAUUAUAAAGAUUGGCUUGUGUGCAUACUUAGUAAACAAAUUACAAUGUUGUUAUAAUAACAUUAUAGUAUUCCUAUUCCGGCGGUAAGCCGCUUUUUCAUAAUCCUGGUAUUAUAAUAUGCUGGCAAUCUAAAUGCAAAUUUAGGAAAUCUAAUGCACACGUUGUGUAUAUGAUGAACAUGUCUAAGUGUACAUUCAAAUUAUUAUUUCACUCUAACAUAAUUAAUUUUUAACAUAUACAAUGCAAUCGAAUCAAAAAGCUCAUAAAUCAUAUACAUUUUUAAAAUGGCUUUCCAAGCAAUUGUAUAUUAACAGCAAGAAAUAGAAUACUAGAAUAAUGGCUUGGAACCAAUUAAACAAGAACGCGAAAUAUAUCUUUUUGAAAGUUC